GCCAGGGCAGCCAGGGAAUGUAAUUCAUGCCCCUUCCCUUGGACUGGCAUAAAGUCCCAACUCUCCCUUUCCUUGAGACUGACCCUCUGAAUAUGCCCCUUUCAUCACCCCUGUUAACAAGGAAGGAGGAUACAUGGGACUUUUAUAGGGCCGCCAGCACUGACCACUGGCUCCUUUUUUCAACUCUUUGCUACCCUAAUUAUCCACCUGGGUACUUAGAGCUGCCAAUCUCCCAAGCUCAUAAACCUGAUUUAAUGGUGAUUGGGGGUCUGGCCCAGCUCAGACCUCCAGCCCCUGCCAGAUAAAAGGGUGGGAGCUGAGCUGACUUGACAGCUCUUGCUUCCCGUUCUCCCCAUCAGGGCCUGCCUCUCUGCCUCUCAUUCCUGCCAUGUCGUGCCUAUCCUACCAGCAGGGCUCCAGAUGUGGCAGUCGGAGCUUCAGCUCAUGCUCAGCUGUCUUCCCCCAGAGGGUCACCCACUAUGCAGUGAGCUCGGGGGCAUGCCAGCCUGGGGGUGGCGGGGGCCUCCGGGUCCUGGGCUGCCUUCGCUCACGGAGCCUGUGCAACGUGGGCUUUGGGAGGCCCCGGGUUGCCUCCAGGUGUGGCCUUCCUGGCUUCGGAUACCGAGUGGGGGCCACCUGUGGGGCUCCUGCCUGCAUCACUCCCGUCACCAUCAAUGAGAGCCUACUAGUCCCACUUCAGCUGGAAAUUGACCCAACUGUGCAGAAUGUGAAGAGGGAUGAGAAGGAGCAGAUCAAGUGCCUCAAUAACCGCUUUGCAUCCUUCAUCAAUAAGGUCCGGUUCCUGGAGCAGAAGAAUAAGCUGCUGGAGACCAAGUGGCAGUUCAUGCAGCAGCAGAGGUGCUGCCAGAAGAGCAUGGAGCCCAUCUUCGAAGCCUACAUCUGCACCCUCCGCAAGCAGCUGGACUGCGUGGCCAGGGACCGGGCCGGGCUGGAGUCGGAGCUCUGCAGCCUCCAGGACACGCUGGAGGGCUACAAGAAGAAAUAUGAGGAGGAGCUGGCCUUGCGGCCCUGUGCGGAAAAUGAGUUCGUGGCCUUAAAGAAGGAUGUGGAUACGGCUUUCCUGAUGAAGGCUGACCUGGAGACCAACGUGGAGGCUCUGGUCCAGGAGAUCGACUUCCUGAAAGGCCUGUACGAGGAGGAGAUCUGCCUGCUCCAGUCUCAGAUCUCAGAGACCUCGGUCAUCGUGAAGAUGGACAACAGCCGGGUGCUGGACGUGGACAGCAUCAUCGCUGAUAUCAAGGCCCAGUAUGACGAAAUCGCCAGCCGCAGCAAAGCUGAAGCGGAGGCCUGGUACCAGUGCCGGUAUGAGGAGCUGCGGCUGAUCUCCGGGACCCACUGUGACAACCUCCGCAACCGCAAGAAUGAGAUCCAGGAAAUGAACAAGCUGAUCCAGCGGCUGCAGCAAGAAAUCGAGAAUGUCAAAGCCCAGCGUUGCAAUCUGGAAGCUGCUGUGGCCCAGGCAGAGCAGCAGGGUGAGGCAGCCCUCAAUGACGCCAAGUGCAAGCUGGCCGGGCUGGAGGCCGCCCUACAGAAGGCCAAGCAGGACAUGGCCUGCCUGCUCAAGGAGUACCAGGAGGUGAUGAACUCCAAGCUGGGCCUGGACAUCGAGAUCGCCACCUACAGGCGCCUGCUGGAGGGCGAGGAGCACAGGCUGUGUGAAGGCACUGGGCCUGUGAAUAUCUCUGUGAGCAGCUCAAAAGGUGCGGUCUUGUACGAGCCAUGUGUGGUCAGCACGCCCAUGCUGAGGACCGAAUACUGCACCAGCGGCCUCAAGAGCAGUGGGGGCUGCAGCGCCAUGAGCACCGGUGAACUCUACAUCCCCUGUGAGCCACAGGGGCGCCCGGACUGCUCCAGCAUGAAGCUAGGGACUGGGGGCAGCUCCUCCUGCCACAAGUGUUAGCACUGCCUCAGAGGCUGGGAGUCCAGGAUGCAAGGCACUAGCCCUCAGCCUGGAUGUCGCCCACGCUUACCAGGGCAGCACACCAGGACAUUCCAAACCUCACCUUCCUGUAUCAGGUUUUCCCCGGGAGCCAUUCCUCAGGUCCAUCACAUCAGUCAUUUUUACUUAUCUGUGUGCAGACUUGAAGUAGGCCCUGGGGGCGGCGGUGGGAUGUAAGGAAAGAGAAUGCAUCGCUAUGCCCCCUAGACUGCUGACAGUCAGUCCCUAGUGUGGCCAAGAGAAUGGCAACAGCCACUGACCACUUCUCUUGCGGAUGAGAAGGCCAACUGCGCACAUCACAGUUCUGCUUUGCGGAUUAAAUCAUGGAAGUUUCCCCACAAAGCCAGCCUCCCCCGAACCCUGGAGGUUCCCACCUCCCUUACCUCUGAUUCUCAUGCACCUAAGAAAAGUGAACUUCUUUUAACACCCACCUAAAAAAUGCACUAUUGCAAAUGUCAAAAGGAGAUAUUCCAAAAUCCCAUUCUGAAUUCCAAAGCCAGGAUUUGGGGAUCACUCAGGACCUAUCCAGGCCCUCUCAGUUAACACAGAAUCCAUAGGUGGCCUUUAGCCCUAGGUUUUCCUGCUCAAAUAUGUUGAGCUCACGCUAUGAAAAUGCGUCUCUUCCCUGAGCUCCCAUUGGCCGUUGAUGGUGGAGAUACGCCUAGAACAAAGGCAAGGGGACAUGGAAUUUUCACUUGAUGUAGGGACAAUUGAGAGCUGACAUUAUUUGCUCAAAGAAGUCAAGCCCCGCCCCCACUUCUGUAGACAGCCACCUCUCCCUUUACUCCCUCUUGCUUUGGGUCUGAUAUGAAUGCGUUUUCCUGGCUGCAGCGAUGGGGGGCUGACCGGCCAACUUGAGGCUCUGGCUCAGGGGCUGAGGGAGGAGGAGGUGUUGGGCUGACCCCAUCCCUCCAGAGGCCCCGCCCCUAGGGCUGCUUCCACAGAAGCCUCACCCUCCCAGGGAUCCAAGUCUCUGCCAAAGAGCCUCUGGGCUUGUCUGUUCCCAAUAAACUAACUGGUCACAGGUUACAGCAAUCAGGAUGAUUCAACCUGCUCUGUGGGUCUGAGAGGAGGAACCUCCUUUGAGGGAGAACAAAUAAGCCGCCUUUGGGGCUGGAAGCUGGGGAACUUGGGAACUUGGGGUGAAAAGGUAGGUGGUUAUGUAAAUGGGAAAACUACAUAUGAACAAUUUGCUAGUGGCCUGUGGAAUAAACGUGGACCCAUACAAAUUAGACUUAAAAACUGCACAUCACACCCCAAUAGUGUACAAGUCACUUGCCACAUUAAAAAACCACGUGUCUGUUGUAGAUAGGCCUCCUCACCGCAUGGCCCCCUGCACGUGUCCUAGAGAAAGUUCAUGGGGCCCCUAUAAUGUCUGUUCUCAUCAGGCUCCCAGCCUGGGUUCUGCCUCCCCAUCGUGGACCAGUCUUUGUGCAGGACAUUCCUGGUCCGGGGAAAGCACAGAA